CAGCCUAUAUAUAUGCUCCCUUCAAAUUUUCGCAACCUCUACCCAGCGUACAAUUUUAUGCCUGUGAAACCCACUUCCUCUGUUAGUGUUUAAGCUCUUCCUAUUCGAAUUCUUCUAAUUACCAGCUUCGAAACAAUGCCUCGCCGAAAUUCUGCAGGAAGGUCAGCUCCACGCCCUGCUGCCUCUGCACCAUCCCAUAAUCCUCCGCUGCAACCUGCUGCUUCUGCCCCUCCACCAGCACCUGGGCUUGGUGGAAGUGGAUCUGUGGCCGGAGGAAUUGGUGCUACUAUUGCAGAUGGUUUGGCAUGGGGUACUGGCACUGCUAUGGCUCACAGGGCUGUUGAUUCCAUUUUUGGCCCUCGGGUCGUCAAACACGAGACUGUUGCUUCAUCAGAACCAGCUGCUGCUGCUCCUGCACCAAACAUGAACAGUCUUGCAAACUCUGAUGCUUGUGGCAGUCAAUCCAAAGCUCUAAGUGAUUGUCUGAGCAGCUAUGGAAGUGAUAUCAGCAAAUGCCAAUUCUACAUGGAUAUGCUGCAGGAAUGCCGCAGGAGCUCUGGUGCAUUAUUGGGUGGUGCUUGAUGCUCAACAUCUCUCUAGUCAAUAAGUAGUUUGAAUAGGGUGUCUUGUUAUUGGUGCACGGCAUGAAUUUGCUGGUGGAACUUGGCACCAUGUAUUAGUAAAUAAGUCUCACAGAGCAACCAAUUCCGGUAGACUUUCCAUCCAAAAGUUCACAUCCUGGCUUAUCUUAUAUUCUACACUUCUCCUUGAUGAAGCUUUAUACCUUCUUUUUUAUUUUGGGUUUAUGCCCUAAUCUUACUGCGAUGGUUUGUAAUUUUAUUAGUUGUUUGCAAGAUUAGCUGAAACUUUUUUUUGAUCA